UGAUUAUCCGGGCAAUUUGAAUGGCGGUCGAAAAUUUUAAAAUAUUUUGAAAACAUUACUAUUUUGAACGUUUUCUCAUCAUACGUGUAUAAUCUCUUCUUUGAUUAUAAAUUUCCUCAAUUUUCAUAAAUAUUUACUCAUCCGGGAAUGAUUGAAUAAGUGCACAGUAGCAAUGUCCUACUCCAAGCCAAUCGGUGUGAUGUCUGACCCAACUGAUGUUAGGCAGGUGUUCUUCACCAACCUCCUGCUCUUAGGCUUUGAUCCUGAUGCUGCAGAAGCCAAAUACAAAUUGCUUUUUAACAGAGAUAUGUUUGCUCUUCCCAACAAAACUGGCUUUGAAGUUGUCCUGCAUUUUCUCUUCAAUAGGCUCAACCCUACACUCAGCAGGGAAACAUUCAGAGAUUGUUGGCCAGUAAGAGAUAAGAAACAAGAGCAGUUGUUUAGGAGAGGUUGCAAUAACUGGCUCACUAACAUAGCAAAGGAUGAGGUUGAUGCCCAUCUCCCAAGGAUAACUCCCUCUGUGUUUAUGUCUCCUGGGGGAGAUAGGUUCUACCAAUUAAUGUUUGCAUUCUCCACUUAUGUUCUGAGGGUGGUCCUGCACAUUGAAAAUGGUGUAAAAGAUCGUGAUCAUCUACUGCACCCCAAGUUGACACAUCAGACGUCAGGCCAUGCUGAUGUCAUGACAUCAACAAUUCAAUGUGGCACCAUUCAACGCAGAAAAGAAUUUAUUCAUCGUGUGCAGGACAUUACAAGCAUACAAGAACAAUGGAAAGCUUAUGCUGGUGAGUUGGUUAAGUCAUACAGGGCAUUAAGCAAGGCCAUUAGGGAAAAGGAACGCCUUGUAAGGACAGAAAUACAAAGAGCUGUCGAUAGAGGAACAGGAAGUCCAAGGAGGAGGAAGUCUUCAGGACUAUAUGACUAUGACUUUGACACUCAAGCUGUAAAGAGAGCACAGAAAGUACAAAAGGUACGGGACCUCUGGAAACUUCUAGAUGAUUUCUAUACGUCAAAUACUCCAGAACGUGAUGUAGUAUCAUCCAUCUUACAGCGCUCGCUGGAUCAGCAUAGACUUGAUGCUGGAGAUAUACAUGUGAAAGUCCCGGAUAUAUUAUUACGAGAAUGCCAAGAAGAAUUGCAAAGGAGAGGUGUGUCGAAUGUUUACGAGAAUGGAAAGCUCAAUCUUAUAAGCCUGAUCAACUUAUGGAACCUAUCUCUUCACCUUUAUAUUGAGAAGCUGCAUAAAGUUGGCCUGAGAUCAUUUGAGGAAUGUGCAGGCAAAGUGGCUGGUCUGGUCCACACUCACCACGCUCACUUAACUAAUGCAAGAACAUUGAGGAAUGAGUUAUCAAGUCAACUUGUACCUGAACUGAAGACCUCAAUAGAACAACUAAGGAAAAGUUUGAAAACCAAUACAAGCUCCAGAACGCCCCAUCAGACAAAAUCAGCAUCUGUUCGUCUUGGACUUGUUCCUACCACACCUCCCAUAUCAUUCUCUACAGAUAACAUCGCAACACCACAGGGCAAUAGUACACAGUCUUUGCUGAAAAGAAAUACACAAGACAAAGUGAUGACUCCCGAAGCAGUUUCCCAACUAGCAGACACCAUUAGUCGGGCCUCAAAACUUCGCCAUAGUUCUCUUGUACAAGGAUCCCCAGUAUAUGCACCUAAGAUGGGGACUAAGGUCUACUCGAAUGCUAGUGAUGGCACUAAACUGUCUAAAGAUUCUCAAAUUCCAAAACCAGUCUACCAAUUUGUUGAUGUUGAAAGAGUCGGCAACAAACAGCGUACUCGGAUUCAAUCAGCCCCAUCUGGUGCCAGAACCCAGAAAGAAGCUAUCCCUGUAUUAACUCCAAAUAAGGACGUAUCAAAGGCUCGGGAAAAUCUCACUUCACAGACAGUUAGAGCAAAUAGGAAACCAACGAACAAAAAGGAUGUAAGGAAGCUUGGUACUGAAGCAAAAGUCCCUCUUGUGGUUAGAAACUCCGACUACCAGACACCUGUUAAGACCCCACCUGCACACCAGAAGCUUGUUGAUAGGAUAGCUGAUGCCAUGAUGUCAGAGACCCCUGAUGUUGCUCAGCAGAUGAGGUCCAAUGAUUCAAGUCCAGCAUUAUCACCUUAUGAUAUAAACUUGCAGUCUCCUAUGCAAGCAUUAGAUGAAGGUGCAUUUCAAACCAAGAACAAGCUGUCGCGAACACCAGAGGGCGCUACUACUUGGCACCAAACACUCCUGCAAGACCAGUCUCAUGACAAGCUGGAUUCUGUCAGUAAAACACUGUUUUCAGAUGAAGAUGUUGAAGCAGGGAUUGUAACAUUAGAAGUCACUCAAAAAGAUGUGCAACCAGGAGCAACUUUUCCCCUUUCUCCCAAGCAGACGUCAAUUUCAGGUCAUCCUCAAUCCCAAUCAAGAGAGCCAUGUCUGUUAGAUGCUGACACCAUAUACAAUUCUCCACAGCGUAGACAGAAUAAGCAACCUCUGGAGUCUGAUUUGCGGGAGACCCUACCUAUCACUUCGAUAUCUGCUCAUCCAGAGAAUGAAUCCAAGGAAGGGGCUUUAAGAGACUUAAACACAGAUUUAAGGCACUCUGGUGCAGGUUUAAGACACACAGCCAAUGUCUUAGAACAUAGGAACAAUAAUAGCCCUCCUAAGGACAGUGGUUAUCUAUAUGGGAAAACAGGCAUCCCAGUAGGAUUCAAGGAUGAAAAUACUAACAAUAACACAGUAUCAAAUUCACAACAUGGGCCGGAGCCUCAUGAUGAUGAUUCAUUUGAAAUGAUCAAAAACUUUGCAGAAAGUUUGGAUCGAAGUAUUACAGAAUAUAGGGAGGAGCUGAGGAAAUCUCUGCAAAGUUCUCCAGAAAAGGCUGUGAAUUCUGCAGCUAAUGUACAUCAUUUACAACCUGGAACAUCUCGUUCCCCCGAUGAGAAAUUUUCACUUGAUUUUAGUAUCCUCAAUGGUGGUUCCCCUGCUACAGAUUUGAAUAUACUUGGUAGCCAUCUUGAAUCUGAACAUACAGAAAACAUCAAUGUCAAUGAAAGUCUCCAGAAGACAUAUGGAGAUCUAUUCCUAAAUGGCACUACUCCAAAAUCACUAGGAACUAGUUCCACAAUGUCUGGUCUGUCUCCACAGUUAGGGAAUGGUGUCACACCACAGUUACCUUUUAGAAGAACUGCAAAUACCAGCAACAAUAACAUUUCCUCUGAGAGACCAAUAACAUUAGGACAUGAAGCAUAUUCCCCAGUGACAUUGAACAAUUCAGCACUUAACAAUAGUGACUUAUUAACUAGUGUUGAAAUGCCCCAAGGAUUCUUAGAUGACUGUGAUACCAUAUCCCCUGAACAGAAUAGAAAUACUGACUUUCUCAACUUAAGUCCAAAAGAUAGAAAUGAUCUGAAUCAAAAUCAGUUUUCUCAUUUAUCAACAUUUACAGAGGUGUCCCCUCAUGUUUCUCGGUCUUUAUCUGUUACAUCUCAUACUCCAACCACUAGCCCACUAUCAAGAGAUGAUACAUUUGGUCAAACUGGCACAGUGAAAAAUUUCAUUCGUGAACAAUGGAGAUCCCCGAAACCCUCUCCAAAUAGCAAAACAAACCCUGCUUUUAGAACAGAGAAGUUAGAUUCCAUAACAAGCGCAGCUAUGAAGGAGUCAGUGUCGAGUAAUGAUGUCAUAGCAAGGUAUAAGCGAUUACGGGAAAAGACGAAUCAAAUUAACAAUUCUAUAGAGACUGAACAUGUCGUAGAUGAAGGGAAUACUGGAGAAGCAACACGUCUUGCUGAAAGACUUAACAAUUUAAAAGUAUCCCAAGAACAGAAAAAUGGCUUGGGCUCUCCAUUGAAUGACUCUAUUCAUAUACAGUUUGAAAGCCCGCAGCAGUCUAAUGGAUUAGAUGAAAAAUAUCUGCUUAAGAGUCCAAGAAGGGAAACUCAACAGCUUGAAAAACGAUUUUCUCUCAAUUUAGACGAUUAUGAAGUAUCUCCUCCACUUGUGAAGAGCUCCAAUAACAGCCCCCGUGAUACAUUCAAUGAGACACCCAAAACAAGUUUCCCAUCUUAUAAUCUGGAUGACAUUCACUUUAGUCCACUUGGCAUGGAUACAUCGUUGUUAGGUGGAUCCCCAAUAGUGCAACAAUCCCAAUUAGUGAAGCAAUCCCCCAUAGUGCAGCCAUCUCCCAGGGCAAAGUUCACCCCUAGAAAGGUGAAUGAGAGAGGGGUCAACUAUGUAGCAUCACCCAGGUUAGGAGCAUCACCCAGGAUAGCUAUCUCUCCCAGAGUUGAACAACUUAGAUCAGAAAUAUCACCAAGAUCAGCAAUGAACCAACAGUAUUCCCCAAGCAACACACAGCCAUCAAGGGUUAACAGGCCCACCCAGCCAGACUGGCAGAAGUUUGAUGAUAUUCUAGGGGAAGAUGACUCUAUACUUCUACCUUCAUCUCCAGGCGCUACAAUAGGUCAACUUGUAGAUAUAUGA